GCUUAUUUGGCAGUGUCUCAAGUUACUCCCCUCAGGCAGCUUGAGCCAGUAAAACUAGAUCCUUUCAUCUCCGCGGAGCUUACUGACAACCAGCCGUCUGGUUUCCUAGGAAACAAAAUCUUGGCUAGAAAUAGUGAAUCAUUUCCAGGUCACUUUCAACAUGGAGAGUGGAGCAGGGAAGCAUUGGACUGAGGAGGAGGUUAAAGCCUUGUUAAGCGUCUGGUCAGAAAAAAAUAUCAGAAAGCAACUGCACGGCACCCUGAGGAAUAAAGGAAUAUUUAUCUACAUUGCUAAAAGGUUGCAGGAGUUGGGAGUGUGCAGGGACUGGAAACAGUGCCGUGCAAAGUACAAAAACCUGAAGUACGAAUACAGAACGGUUAAAUAUGCCCACAACUCUGGGGAUGUCACUAAAACCAUGAAGUUUUUCCAUGAUCUGGAUGCUAUAUUGCGAUAUGAGCCUGUCACACAAUUAGCAGCAGAAGAAAACGGCAGGUGUUCUGCGACUGAGACACAGCUGAACACAAGUCCCACAACAGACAGCACGCAAGGUGACAUACCAGUUUCUUUAGAAGAUGAUGAAGAUGCUCCAGGAGAUCCACUACUUUUUAUAUCUCAUGCCAGACCAGUUCAGCUAGGUAACAACUUUCUGUGUCUCUCCCCCACCCCACACAAUGCGGGUAAUCCAGCAUCAGCAGUAGAGCCUUCCAAACCAGCGGCUUUCAUUCCUACCGUAGCAAAUGAAGGAGGAAAACACUGGACUGUUAAUGAAGUCAGAGCUUUGAUACGCAUAUGGUCAGACAAAAAUAUCCAGCAACAACUGGAGGGGACAGUGAGAAAUAAAAGAAUAUUUGAAGAGGUUGCUGCUAGACUGCAAAAGUUUGGAAUUGACAGGGACUGGAAACAGUGCAGGACAAAAUACAAAAAUCUGAAACAUGAAUACAAGAGUGUCAAAAGUGCCCAGGACUCAGGGAGUACGAGUAAAAGCAUGAAGUUUUUUCAUGAACUGGAUGCUAUUCUGGGGCACUGCACAAUGGAACAAGCAAGUAAACCAGAUAAUGAUGAAAGUGAGAGGCCUCCAGAAUGGACAGAAGCAAAAUCAGAAAAGGAUUCCGUGGAAAUGCCUGGAGACACAGGUGAAGAGGACUCUGUUAGUAAUGCAUCAGAAGACCUACAGGUUGCAGAUAUAAAGAAAAUUUCUGAUUCAGAUAAUGUUACUGUAAAUACUACUCCAGAGAAUCGGGCAGCUCUGCAUAUAACAAAAGAACCAAAUAUGACAAAAAUCCUUGAAGAUGAGAGGGACUUAGCCAACUCCACCCCAGCAUCUCUGGAAGCUACACAAAUAAAGAAGGAGACAAUUGAUAUAGAUGAUGAUUCUAUAAGCACUACCUCAGAAGACAGAUCUUGUACACCAGUAGCAAAACAGAUGGUUGGGACAGAGAAUCACAUUCCCUUAGAAGAAGCACAAAAUCACUUUAAAGUUAUUACAGUUAAUGAUACUGGAGCAGGAAAACACUGGAGUGAUAAUGAAGUUAGAGCUCUGAUAAACAUAUGGUCAGAUGAAAAGAUACAACAAAUGCUUGAAGGGGCCACAAGAAAUAAAGAAAUAUUUGAGGAAAUUGCCAGAAGGUUAAUGAAACAUGGUAUAGACAGAGACUGGAAACAAUGUCGCACAAAGUACAAGAACCUAAAAUACGAAUACCGUGCACUGCAGAAAGAAAAUGAGCAUCUUGGAAAUCCCAGGAGAAAAAUGAGAUUUUAUGAUGAAGUUGACUGUAUCUUAAGAAGACAGCCUCUGGGAACCUCAGGCUGGGGAUGUGAAAGCUCAAGUCUCCUAUCAGUUUCAGUGGGAGAUGCUACAGCAAACACAGGAUCUUUGAGUACCAAGAGAAAAACAUGGAAUGAUGAGGUGUCACCUGUUCCACUUAAGAAAAGUGCUUCUGAAAACACCUUACUCCACUUCCAAAAACUAUUAACAGAGAGAGUGCAUACAGUAACAGAAGGCAAAAAGUUACUGUUUGAAAGGCUUUGUAAGCAGGAAGAAAUGCAAGACCUCAACAGAACACAGCUGUAUACUGAUCCAUCAGCCACACAACAGGUGCCCGCGCCCGCUCCCGCCGCAGCCAUGGCCCCCGCAGCAUCAGACCUGAAACUUGGCAAAAAAGUUAAUGAAGGUAAAACGAAAGAAGUGUACGAGCUACCAGAUAUCCCGGGAUGUGUUCUCAUGCAGUCAAAAGACCAAAUAACGGCGGGAAAUGCAGCCAGGAAGGACCGAAUGGAAGGGAAGGCUGCCAUUUCGAACACAACGACAAGCUGUGUGUUUCAGCUGCUUCAGGAAGCUGGAAUCAAAACAGCUUUUGUCAGGAAACAGAGUGACACAGCAUUCAUAGCAGCUCACUGUGAAAUGAUCCCAAUUGAAUGGGUGUGCAGAAGAAUUGCUACUGGCUCCUUCCUCAAGAGAAACCCUGGUGUCAAAGAAGGAUAUAAGUUUUACCCACCCAAAAUUGAGAUGUUUUACAAGGAUGAUGCUAAUAAUGAUCCACAGUGGUCUGAAGAGCAAAUAAUUGAAGCAAAAUUCUGUUUUGCUGGACUUAGUAUUGGCCAGACUGAAGUGGAUAUUAUGUCUCGUUCUACUCAAGCCAUUUUUGAGAUCCUGGAAAAAGCAUGGCAGCCCCAAAACUGCACUCUUGUAGACCUGAAGAUUGAAUUUGGUGUUAAUGUGCUGACAAAAGAAAUUGUUCUUGCUGAUGUUAUUGACAAUGAUUCAUGGAGACUGUGGCCAGCAGGAGACAGAAGCCAGCAAAAGGACAAACAGUCCUACCGGGACCUGAAAGAAGUGACUCCUGAAGCACUGCAAAUGGUUAAGAGAAACUUUGAAUGGGUUUCAGAAAGAGUGGAGUUGCUUCUAAAAACAAAGAGCCAAGGUAGAGUUGUGGUGUUAAUGGGAUCUUCUUCUGACCUCAGUCACUGUGAGAAAAUAAAAAAGGCAUGUGCAACCUUUGGAAUUCCUUGUGAAUUAAGAGUGACCUCUGCUCACAAAGGGCCAGAUGAAACCCUGAGGAUCAAAGCAGAAUAUGAAGGAGAUGGAGUCCCAACAGUGUUUGUUGCAGUAGCUGGCAGAAGCAAUGGUUUGGGGCCAGUAAUGUCAGGUAACACUGCUUACCCAGUUGUCAACUGCCCUCCGCUCUCAGCUGACUGGGGUACUCAGGAUGUGUGGUCCUCUCUCAGACUACCCAGUGGUCUUAGCUGUCCUACUACUCUGUCACCUGAAGGAGCUGCCCAGUUUGCUGCCCAGAUAUUUGGGUUAAACAACCAUUUAGUGUGGGCCAAACUGCGAUCAAACAUGUUAAACACUUGGAUCUCCCUGAAGCAGGCUGACAAAAAACUUAGAGAGUGCUCCUUGUAAGUCACACUAACGAGUAACUGUUAUUAGUUACACAAUGAUAAUGGCGUGUGCAUCUUCAUUCGUAUUAGGAUUUACCCCUGGAUGAGCUCAAAAGUCCUGCAUCAUUUCUUGCAGAAGAAAGCAUUGUUAGAGCAGAAUAGAGGGUUUGUUGUGUUGUCAUCCUUCCCUUGUGUAUUUUUUAAUAUAACAACUUAGUAGAGAUGGGGAAGUAGUAUUUUAGGUACUCUUUCUGUUGCUCCAGAAUGGUGCUGUUCUGCUUUUUAGUCUAUACUGUUAACUACAGACUAUGUCAAGAGAAUGAUUUGGUGCAAUCUAAAUAGAAUUCAACUAGUCUUCUGCAUUUCUGUAACAGUAACAUUCUUCCAUAGUAUGAAUAUAUGUCUUGAACUAACUGAACUGGACUGCUGACAAAAGCCAGUGUUGAUGCUGCUCUGCUUGCAAUGAUGGUAUGCUUUCUCUAGCAAUAAAAUGGCAACAUAUGCUGUAUUAAUAGGAAAAGAGUGUGGAAAAAUGUUUUAAGACCCUAAAAUAAAUACAUGCCUUAUUUUAAAAAUGUAUAUACAUACAUGUAUCUUUUUUAAAAAUGUGUGUGUAUAUUUACCUCAUUGAUAUCUUUUGGAAUGAUGUGAUCAAGUUGACUCCAAUUUGCUUGUUCAUAAUAAGCCAUAAAUACAAAUGGCUUGAGUGACAGGUAACCUGGCUUAUUGGCUGUUUGCUCCAACUCAUGCCUAGUCCAGGCUUUGUCCUUGCAAAUACUAGGCAGAUCUACCUUCAGUAGUUCUGUAGGGGCUAUGUGAUGAUGUUUGACUGUCUUCAUACACUUCAAUAGCUAUAGCUAUUCUGUGUCUAUAUUUCCUCACUCUGUUUCUGUGGAAAUUUUACUGAACAGGGGAACAAAUACUAAAGCAACAAACUUCUGGGGGGAAAUCUAAGCAUGACUUUCUUGUCUUUACACACACCAGUCUUCUGAGUAGGUAAGAUUCUAACAAAUAUGCAAUUACUCAAAGUAUGUAACACCUAUACUUUUACAAUUAUAAAUAAACUAUUGAAUGCAAAUCUG